CGUUCAUUGUCCUGUUCUGCUCCUAGAAAACUCUUCUCAUUACUAAGAUGCAGAUCUCUCUGGCUGCUCUCUCUCUGCUGCUGUUCACUGUCUGCUACUCAGAGGUCCUUGGUCCACCAUUUGGAGCUGCUGCCCCAACCUCAUGUUGCUUUACCUAUAGAAGGAAGCCGAUUCCAGCAGGAAAUAUCUCUGGUUAUUUCAUGACUAGCAGCCGGUGUGCCAAUCCUGGUGUCAUAUUUCAAACCAUAAAAAAACAUAACAUUUGCGCUGAUCCAAGUGACCAAUGGGUUAAAACUUAUUUGGAGAAGAAUGCAAACGCCUUGUGAUUGGUCAGCUUCCUGUGAUGCUGCAACCACCAAUAAUCCUUAAUUUGAAUUUCAAAUAUACAAAUGUCCACAGCACCUCAAAGCAGAAAUUUGUCCUUUUAUGAGUUACGGUUAAAACAUUAGUGUCUAAAUUGUAAGCUGCUGUAGUUCUCAUUGUCUUUAUUUUAAUUUGAGAUGGCUACACAGUGUCAUUUAGUGUUAUUUUAUCUGAUAUAUACAAGAAGAUGCACAUUACAUAACAAUUCUGUGCAGAUUUAGCUUUUCCUUCACUUUACAUUAGAUGUAGCUGAAAACUGUUAGUUGAAUAGAUUUAAAUAGUAUUUUAACAUCUCUGCAGUUAGAAUUAGCUUUCCCCUUAUUCUAGAUUUGAAACUGGACAUUAUAACCAUGCAAUUAAAAAGCAAGAACAUAUUUAACAAUAUUUUUUCUUGUGCAAAUACUGCUGCAAUCUAGUGCUCAAAAGCAUUUUUGCAGAAUUGAUUACAUAUAAUUCACCGGAAUAAGGCCAGCAACCUUCCUAGUUAUUCUUUGCAAUAAAGAAUACCACAGGAACAAGGUAAACUGGAAUCUUCUUUAUAUAUAUAUAUAUAUAUA